GGGCUCCAGCAGACUUUAUGCAAUACUGCAGAGGAUAUAAAUAUACAUAAUUAUCCCUCUUGGCAGUUAUAACCGUACUUUUUUUUUUUGGAAAGCCAUUGACACCAUUUUGAAUCUUUCAGCCAGACUUUAAGUUUCCACACCUUUCGAUGCUCUAUCUUACCGUGUCGUCCCAUGGACUUCCUGCCGUCUCCAUUUCACCCCUCCAGAAGUCAUACGACAUUCACAGCGUAGCCCAAGCGGUGCCAAACCUUGAAUUCAGCCCGUUUAAUAAUUACAAUUACAAAAUAAAUUCUCCGGUUGCUUUACUGGAUGUUAGCACCUGUGAGCCCCUUUCGCCUCUUGCUGAGGUCCACCAACUUCCACGAGCCCCGUCCAUGUCGGCAAAGCACCCUCUCCCAUUCCAACGCUCAGUAUCUAUGGAUGGCGCUGAGAGUUUGGGUUAUUUUGACUUGGGUUCUGACUACCACAAGGGGCCAGAGACCCCUCUGAGUCAAACCCAAACCCCCUCAAGAUUUCCGCGGAAAUCAAACUCGAUCCUGAACAUAUUGAGUUUUGGUUUGCCAACACACCGGGAGAUCCAACUGUCGCUGCCACCCACAACUUCCCUGCCGCAAAACCCACACUUUACCCUUUCAAGACCAUUAGAGAAAAGGUUGUCGGUACAAGAGAAUCCCUCCCCUGCUAGAGCCUCCCUUUCCUUUCCUCGCAUUGAAAUUUCGUCACUCAUGAGCGAAGCAGAUGCCGCUUUAGUCUUAAAGGCGGGUAAACCCAGAUAUACGGUGUGUAGAAGCAAGUCUACGUCAUGUAUUCCUUCAAAACCAAGCCAGAGGAUGAGAGUGAAGGUGGUAGAGCUGAAACCACAGGGGAGGCCUUACACCGACCGCCUAUGUGCUCGUUUUGUGAAGCAUGAUGAUAUGGCCUCUUUAUACUGCUUCUUAUCUAGAAAAGCCCAGUUCUCAUUUUCAUACCAAGGGGCUACCCGGCAACCAAAACAGGUCAUCAGUUAUCAGUACAGACCCCAUACCGAGAUCUCCAAACAGGUGAUCUUUGAGAAGAAUAUGGAUGGAAGUCCCUCAGAAGACAUCUAUAACAAGCUCAAGUGCAUCUUUGGUGUCGAAGAUUUCACCUUUGUGCAAACAAUCAGAGAUGCUAGUGGUAAGUUGGUCAUGCUCAAAGCAGUAUCUCCCGAGGCGGCGCAUGUCAAUCUUCUUGCCGAGAUUGAUUCCAGAAAUCCAAAGAGACGUAAGACCACCAGUGUUCUUCUGGAUGGUAAAUGUUCCGUUGAAUGGGUGAAGCGGAACAUCUGCUAUCCAAGAUACAAAUCCAAGAUGAAGAUUCAUUUGCUUCGUGGUUCGUUCACAGAUGGGUCCAAUCAGGUUUUAUACUGUAGUGCUCCACAAUUCAAGCUGGACUUGGAAAGGUUUGAGAGUCUCCAGAAACGAAUCGGGGUCCAAUCGGAGACAGAUAGUAACCUCCACUUGUAUCCCCAGCAAACAUCGUUCAAUCAAGACUGGAAUGCAUCUCCCGAAGACAUUGGUGAGGUGGAAAACUUUCCGUUCAUUGACGGGGCUGGCAAGUUUAUGGAAGUGAUAACGAUCGAUGAAUAAGGCCUUUGGCUUUGGGUCUGUUUGGUUUAAUCCACAGCUAAGCCCCUUUCUGGUACUCCUUCAAAGGGUGUGUAAUGGAGAGUGUGAAUUCGGACACCCUUCAGCAUUAAUUAGUAAAUACACAUAAAAAAAUAACAGUGAUUUCAGGGUAUGUGUACC